AAAAAAAAAAAAACACGAGGAGUUUUUGCAGUUCGCUUUACCGUGCAGCCGGAAGUUGUCGUUAGCUUGUUUUCAGUGACAGAGCUGCACACAGAGUAGCUGCAGAUGGCAAGAAGGUAUGCUAUAGGCUUCUAAAACCUGUUUAUUGACCAUUGGCUAUACAUUAUUUAGAUUACAAAAAGUAACGUAUCGUUUGAGUGUGGGUUAGCUAUUGUGAAGACUUGUUUUACGUUAAAUGCUGUUUCGUUGAGCUAGCUUGACAAUCUGACUAACUCUAGAGUUAUCACUGACUUUAUCGAUACAGUUAUGUUAUUACGUACUUUAUGAAGACAAUCUAAAGUUAUUUCAUGGGUCAUCAUGUGUGUGUUUUCCAGUUAGUAAAAAUCCGUAGAUGAUAGAAAUAGGAGGAAAGAGUCAAUUGUUCAGUAUGAGCUCACCACCUGAGGACAGAGAGCCUGGGAUUCCCUUGAUGGAUAAUUCAAAAGAGGAUCUUGGUGCUCCCGCUUGCAUUGGAGAUUACACCAAACAUGAUAUGACUGUAUGCUUAGGCAACGGAGAAGUAAAAAGCUGUGCCGUGGUGAAGUACUCCGCUGCCCCACCUCCCACCAGCUAUGCCCUCCUGCAGGAGAAGACAGACCUGAAGCUGCCACCUGCCAACUGGUUGAGAGAAAACGCCCAGCUGGGCAGUGCUGGCACCACCGUGUUAGGCUCCAGCAGCAAAAGCAAACCUUUUUCUAGUUUUGGGAUGGCCUAUGACUUCAUUGAUUGCAUUGGGGAUGACGUGGAUGUUGUAUCAGAUUCUGAGAACAUCAAGAAGCUUCUGAAAAUCCCCUACAGCAAAUCCCAUGUUAGUAUGGCUGUUCACCGUGUUGGAAGGACAUUGCUUCUAGAUGAACUGGAUACUCAAGAACUCCUAAGAAGAUCCUCUCAGACGGGAGAUUGGACAUGGCUCAAAGAGAUUUACCAGCGCUUAAUAGAUAAAAAAUGGCAGAGAAAGAAGAAGAGCAAAGAGCACUGGUAUCAGAAAGCCAUCCUGUCAAAGUUCCUCUACUACAGUAUAAAUGGUGAUGGAGCUGCAGAACCUGUAACAGAAGAUGUGAUUGAAGAGGAUGAAGAGAAUGGAGCUGAAAAGUACAGCUCUUCAUGGCCUGCCACUUUCAUAAGCACAAUGUCUGAAGCAGAGGAAACAGAUACUCCCAAGCAGGAAAGUGGUGCUGCCGACAGCAAUUUUGCUUUAGGUCAGGUGACAUCGGUACCUAAAGAGCAGAACCUCCCUACUCUCUUCAUUGAAGGGGAAAACAUUCAGGGUUUAAGGAACAACUUUGUGCGAAACAUCAUGUGGACGUUUGAGGAUAUCCACAUGCUGGUGGGAUCCAACAUGCCUAUUUUCGGAGGUGGUCGAUAUCCUGCUGUCAGUCUGAGACUGAGGGACAGCAACAAACCAAUCAACAUUUUGACAGGAAUCGACUACUGGCUCGACAAUCUCAUGUGCAACGUCCCAGAGCUGGUUAUGUGUUUUCACGUCAAUGGCAUUGUUCAGAAAUAUGAAAUGAUAAAAACAGAAGACAUACCUCAUCUGGAGAACUCGACUUUCUCUACAAGAGUGGUUAAAGACAUUGCCCAAAAUAUCCUCUCCUUCCUUAAGUCCAACUGUACUAAAGAGGGUCACACCUACUGGCUUUUCAAAGCUAGUGGGAGUGACAUUGUGAAGCUUUAUGAUCUCACUACUUUGUGUGAGGAGGCUGAAGAAGAGAAAUGUCAGAAUCCCUUCACUCUACCUGUUGCUGUUUUAUUGUACAAAGUGGCCAGCAACCUGAUGCUGAAGGCAAGUCAAAACAGAAAGCACUAUGGCAAAAUAAGAACUCUGCUGCUAAACUGCCUCAAACUUCUUGAUCCGGAAAAACAUCCUCAGAUCAUUGCCUCAGCCUACUACAUGCUGUCAGAGCUGUUCCAGCUCGACGAGCUAACCGAUGAAGAUGGAGGCGAGUCGCUGCGGGCCGGUGGCUUCGAAGACAGCAACAGUGACGAAGACAGGGAGGAAGAAGAGGGCGAGGAUGACGAUCUGACAGAGGACGGGGAAGAGAUCGGAUCCUACAGUAGUUGCUCCAGGCCUCAGAACGACAGCAAAGCUGUGGCUGUGAUCCGCUCUGUAGGGGAGCUGUCGGUACCUGAGAAAUACAAAUCAACUCACCAAAUCAGACCAAGUUGUGCUUUCCCUGUUUCUCAAGACAAAGAGGAGCGAUGCAGACAUGUCCUAAGCUAUGUACUGAAGGGGUUGAAAGAAGUAGAUGGCAGCAUUAAGAAGGAGAGCGAUCUACCCUCUGCAGAUCCUAAUACUCCCAUCCCGCUAAAAUAUGAGGAUGGAGGUGCCAAUGGAGCUUCGGAGAAAGGCAUCUCUCUUCUUCUUGAGAGAGUGGGGUCAAGGCAGGUCGACCAGAACAACCCAACACGCUCAGGAAUGAUCCCAGGCUCCUGGCAGCAUCGUAUGAAACUUCAGCUCUUCCUCAAAGCUUCCAAGGCAUACUACGUCCUGUCUGAUGCAGCCACUAACCUGCUGAAGUAUGGUCGAGCCCUGCGCUACAUCAAGCUCUCACUGCAGUGUUAUGAUGCUUACUGUUCCGUGAGUGAAAUGCUGCAUCCACACGUGCUAGAGUUUCACAGCCAGUGCCUCUCACUGUGCGGGGACAUCCAGCUGAUGUUGGCCCAGAAUGCCAGCAACAGGGCAGCUUACCUGGAGGAAUACAGCUACCAGACCAUAGAGGACCAGGAGAUCCUGCACAGUCUGCACAGAGAGAGCAGCUGCCAGGAUUUUAGUAUGGCAACAGAUCUGGCCAUGGACCCCGAGUACCAGCUGUUUGUUAGUAGUAGAUGCUACGAGGCGGCACAUGAACUGCUCAUCUCUGAGGUCUUGAAAGAUCAAUCUUCCGAUCAGCUGUCCCAGCUGCUCAAACGCCUGGGAAAUAUCCGCAACGAGAUGGGAGUCUACUACAUGAACCAGGCAGCAGCCAUGCAGACGGAAAAACAAGUAAAAAAGUCGGUGUCUGCAGCAGAACAGGACCUGUGGAGGAAGAGUUUUAGCUUGUUUGAGAAAGGAAUGAAGGACUUUGAGACCAUCAGGGACAGCACCAACACAGCCUUACUGCUUUGUAAUACAGGCAGGCUGAUGAGGAUCUGUGCUCAGGCCCAUUGUCCUGUCUCUGCCGACGAGAGCAGAGGGGAGUUCUCUCCCGAUGAGGCCCUUUACUACAACAAGUCGAUAGAUUAUUACUUGCAAGCUUUGAGGGCACUGGGUAGCAGGAAGAGUCAUUCAGCUGUAUGGGACAGUGUAAACUGGGAGCUGUCCACCACCUAUUUCACCCUGGCUACGCUUCUGCAGGACUACGCACCAUUAUCCAGGAAGGCCCAGGAGCAAAUUGAACGGGAGGUGACGGACGCCAUGAUGAAGUCCUUAAAAUACUGCGACCUGCAAACGGAAUCGCCCCGGCAGCCGCUGUACCAGUACAGAGCUGCAACCAUCCACCACCGCUUGGCCUCCAUGUACCACAGCUGCUUCCGAAACCAAGUGGGGGAUGAACAUAUGAGGAAGCAACAUCGCAGCCUGGCUGAGCUUCACUACAGCAAAGCUGUCUCUUUAUUCCUCAGCCUCAAAGAUACUCCCUGCGAGCUGCUGCGCACACUGCUGGAGAGGGUGGCUUUCACUGAGUUUACGAUGGCAGGUCAGAGCAGCAGCGUGGCUAAGCUGAAGAGCCUGAUUGGAGCAAUGGAGAUAAUGUCAGAAACUCGGUAUGCUUUCCAGUUGAUCCAUAAGGAGCUGUUGGAACAGCAGGCAGAAACUGAACCAUCUGCUGCUGAGUCAGCACACUCUCCUGAUAGGGCCAGUGACUCCACAUCUGGACUGGACCUCCAGGAAGUGUUGAAGUUAAUUGGUGUGUUUGAGCCAAGUUUCUCCUUCCUGCUGUUACAAGUGAUCAAACUGAUGACGACAACCAAACGGAAACCCAGCAAUAAGGACGAGGGCAUGUUAAAAAACUACAAAAUCGUGUACUCCAAGUUGCUGCGCGCUGAGAAAGACGCACCCCUCCUCAAUCGGGUCGAGCUCUACAUCGAGCUCCUGCAGCAGCUGACCCCAUGAACAGGAAGUGACAACAUAGAAACAAAUACAGCUAAAAAACGGAGAGGACCAGAGGAGCACACAGCGUAGCAAGUUCAACAACAAUUAACUCUACACCCAAAGGUUAUGAGUACCAUGAUUAGAUGACUUUUCCACUUAAAACACACCAAGCAACCACACAAUCCCCUGAUACUUCAUUAGGAAAGACAGGUUUGCUGCAUUAAAGGAGAGGAUAAAUGAAAAAGCAAUACGAAUAAGAGAAUAACAUUGGUUUUGUAGUUUUGCAGUUAAGCAAGUUCCAUGCCUGUUAUUGAGGUCAUGACCUAAUGUCUUGAGUUCUGCCUCCAAACAGAAGAACUCUUAUUUUUUAAAUUUUCACAUAUGAUAUUCAAAUCCCUUUAGUGACUACAAGUAAAUAAACAGUAUUAUUAGAGAGGUACAUCCCAGUAAAUUGCAAGAUCCUCAAAGAGUUUAUUUCAUUAAUUAAAUUUAAAAAAGUGUUUGGCCUACAGCUAAUGAAUACCCAAAAACCAGUUUUUCAGAAAGUGUGUUAACAAAAAGAUUUUUCAUACAGAGCUUUCAGCCUGCUGACAAUUAUGUCCAUGUACUCUGCAUUGUUUGGUCUGGGCUCCUUUUGCAUUAAUUUCUGCAUUAAUGCAGCGUGGCAUGGAGGAGAUCAGUCAGGGCACAACAUUUCUGUAUUAAAAAUCCUUUCUUUUUUUGUCUGUAAUUAAUAUCUGAAUUU